AAUAGCAGACAACAUUCACUUUACAAGUAGACACUUUUUUUAUUUUUUACAAAAACAAAAUAAUUGUUUUAUAAGAUUAAUUAUUUAAAUUUCCAACAAUAAAUUAUCAAGAUUAUCAAUUAUAGAAAAAUGUCAAUCAACGUAUUACGAUGUGGAGUGGUAGGAGGCCGUAAUAUUCAAAAAAUGAAAGAAAUAUCACAUUUUCUAACAAAACAACUCCCAAUGCUAGAUUCAAGAAUUAGAAAUUAUGCAAAGGAAGGUGCUCAAGGUUAUCGUAUGGAGAGGGACACAUUUGGAGAAUUAAAAGUGCCAGCCGAUAAAUAUUAUGGAGCUCAAACUCUCAGAUCGGUUAUGAAUUUCCCAAUUGGUGAUUCGUUUGAACGUAUGCCGUAUGGUGUUAUUGUCGCAAUGGGUAUUUUGAAAAAAGCCGCUGCCGAAGUGAAUAAAGAAUUUGGACUGGAUGCGAAAGUAUCUGAUGCGAUCAGCAAAGCUGCCGACGAUGUGAUUAGUGGAAAAUUAUAUCAUGAUCAUUUUCCAUUGGUAAUUUGGCAAACCGGAUCAGGAACCCAGACGAACAUGAAUACAAAUGAGGUGAUAGCGAAUCGUGCAAUUGAAAUUCUUGGCGGUGAACUUGGUUCGAAAAAUCCUGUUCAUCCAAACGAUCAUGUGAACAUGUCGCAAAGUUCGAAUGAUACUUUCCCAACGGCAAUGCACAUUGCGGUGGCACUCGAAAUCAACAAAAUUCUGUUACCUGGCCUGCAGCAAUUGCACUCAGUCUUAAAAAAGAAGUCCGAGGAAUGGAAAGAUAUUAUCAAAAUUGGAAGAACUCAUACUCAGGAUGCCGUUCCUUUGACACUCGGUCAAGAAUUCUCCGGAUAUGCAACACAAAUUGAAUAUGGAAUUGCAAGAGUUAAGGACACAUUGCCGAGACUUUAUCAAUUGGCUCUGGGAGGAACAGCUGUUGGAACGGGAUUAAAUACUAGGAAAGGAUUUGCGGAAAAAACAGCCGCGAGGAUUGCUGCUUUAACUGGUUAUCCUUUCGUCACUGCCCCGAAUAAAUUUGAGGCUCUCGCAGCUCACGACGCUCUUGUUGAAGUUCAUGGAGCUCUAAAUACUGUUGCUGUUUCUAUCAUGAAGAUUGCCAACGACAUUAGAUUCUUGGGCAGUGGUCCACGAUGUGGUUUGGGUGAAUUAUCACUUCCUGAAAAUGAGCCCGGAAGUUCGAUUAUGCCUGGCAAAGUAAAUCCAACACAAUGUGAAGCAAUCACGAUGGUUUGCGCUCAAGUUAUGGGAAAUAAUGUAGCAACAGCCGUUGGUGGAAGCAAUGGACAUUUUGAACUCAAUGUCUUUAAACCAGUAAUUGUCGCAAAUACUUUGAGAUCAGCUCGAUUAUUGGGAGAUGCAAGUGCUGCAUUCACGAAAAAUUGUGUCGCAGGCAUUGAAGCAAAUAGAGAUAAUAUUGACAAAAUUAUGAAUGAAAGUCUCAUGCUAGUCACUGCCCUUAAUCCACACAUUGGCUACGAUAAGGCGGCGAAAAUUGCCAAACAGGCGCAUAAGGAGAAGCUGACAUUAAAGGAGUCUGCAUUGAAAAAUGGCUUGACUGAAGAACAAUUCAAGCAGUGGGUCAAACCAGAGCAAAUGCUGGGACCCAAAUAAAAUUUCAUUUUUUAAAAAAGGAAUCAUUACUCUAGAACUGUUUAAAAAGGAGUACUCAUUGCUGCAUUCUAACAGAAUUUGUACAUUUGGAAAAUUCAGUGUCGUACUUAUUUUUUCGCAAAUACUUUUUAAUUCGUCGUAAAUUUAAUUGAAACAUUUUCGUAUAUUUUCUUAUUAAUAAAUGAAUUUUUUGUUCCUGUUA